AUGAAGGAAAAUUUGAACUCUUUCUCUAAAUAUAAAUUUGAAAAUGAUGAUAAAAAAUGCAAUAAUAAGAAUAAAAUAAUUAUGAAAUAUAUGAAUACUGUAGAGCAAGAACUGAAGGAACAAGAAGAUCACUAUUCAGAAAAAAAUAAAAUGAACAGUAGCUUGUCUAAUAAUGAAUGUGAACAGGAGAGUUUUUUAGAUAGUGAUGAUAAUCUUAUUUUGUCAGAUGAUAAUUUGAAAAGCUUAAAUGAGGAAGAAGCAGAUAAAAAUGUUUUAAACGAUAGUUUAAAGGAAAAUAUAUGUUCAAUACCUGAAGAAGUUAAUUUUAAUAAUAAUCUUGAUAAUGCAUCUGAUGAUAUAUCAUUAAGUGAGGAAAGAAAUAAAGAUGAAUCACAACAAGAAUGCAACGAUUUAGAAAAUUUUAAUGUAGAAGAAAAGGAAGAAGAAUAUGAUAUAUCAAACUGUGAAGAAAAUAAUAUUCCUCAAGUUGAACAGGAAGAGAAAAAUGAAAUAGCUAUCCCUGAAAAUCAAAAAGAAACUCAGGAGGAAAAAAGAGAAUUACCUCUACAUGACACUUAUGAUAAAAUAUCUUUUCAAAACACUAUGGACUUUAAUACAACAAAAAAUGACCUCUUUUAUAUGGAUGUUCAAAAUAUUAAUGAAUGGAAAAUAAAAUAUCGAUACUUAACUUCCUCGUUUCGUAAAUUAGACAAAGAAAUAAACAAGAUGAUAAACAAAGAUCAUAUUAAUUUGUUGAACAGAAGGAGUAUUAAGCAACAUAAGGAUUUUUUAGAUAAUGAAUAUAAGGAGUGGUUAUACACUUUACAAAAAACAAUAUCCGAAUAUAAGAAGAACAUAAGUUCUUCUGUUUCCGAUUUGAAUGAAAAGGAGUACUUCAUUUUAUCAAAAAAUAUUUUUGAUGAUUUUAAAGAAAAAAGCAUAGAAGAAAAUAAUAUAAAUAUUACCAUAUAUAUGCUAAUUAUGAAACAUGAAGUUUCAGUUGAUGAAGGGAUUCUGAAAUAUUUAGAGGAUAACUAUAUGUCUUCCAAUAUAGAUAAAGGUGUAUAUAGUAUAAUUCAAAAGCUGGUAGAAACAAGAAAUCAUAUUGAAGACAUAGGAGGAAAAACAGGUAAAUGGAAUGAUGAUGAAAAUAAUUAUUUUAUGAGGGUAUAUGAAAGCAAUAUCAGUUUAGGAGAUGAAAUCGUCAUCAAUAUAUUAAAAAAUUGUAUAAACAAGAGUGAAGAAGAAAUACUUGAGCAUAUAACAUGGUACAAACAAUUUCUCAUCUAUAACAAUUUGAAGAAUAAAUAUAUUAAUACAAUUAAUAUCAUUAAUAUAAACGAGCAAAAAAAAAACAGCAUCAAAGAUGUAGAAAAGAAAUUUAUGAUACAGCAGUGGAAAGAGAAAAAAAAACAAGAAACAGAAAGCAAAAUUAAAGAGAAGGAACAAACUAAAAAAGAAGAAAUGAAAAUAAAUAAAAAAAUAAGAGAAGAUAUUAAGAAAAAGAAACAAAUAAUACAAGAACAACUUAGCAUUAAAAAGGAGGAAAUAAAAAAAAACAAGACUGAAAAACGACAAAAAAAUGUGCUGUCUGAAGAAAUGUUGCAAAGAAUAAAUGAAAGGAAUGAAAGGCUGUUACAAAAAAAAGUACAAUAUAAUAAUAACAUUAUUGAAGAAAAUAACAACGAAAAGGAUAAAAAAACAAAACAAAAGUAUAUGCAUAUACAAAGUAAAUUACUAAGUAAUACAGGUAAAAAAAAAAAAAAAAAAAAAAUGUAA